AAGCCAUCAAGCGGCGUGAGCAGCGUGAGCACACACGCACGCACGUGUGUAGUACGUACGGCCAGUACGGCCGCAGGACAGGACCGACAGGACCACGGACUGUCUGUGGGACCCGUAGGACCGCAGGACCCGGGCUGUAAAAGCUAACUUCCCAAGAUGCGUCCUCUUACAGAUGAAGAAACUCGGGCGUUCUUCGAUAAAAUCUCUAAAUAUAUUGGAGAGAACAUCAAAUUGCUGAUUGAUCGACCAGAUGGAAUGUACUGCUUUCGACUUCAUCGAGAUCGAGUCUACUAUGUCAGCGAGACUAUGAUGAAAAUCGCCAACAACGUUUCUCGGGAGAACCUGAUAAGCAUGGGCACUUGCUUCGGCAAGUUCACCAAAAGCGGCAAGUUUCACCUGCACGUCACAGCACUGGACUACCUCGCCCCCUACGCAAAGCAAAAGGUAUGGGUGAAGCCAAGUGCAGAGCAGCAGUUUCUCUAUGGCCACCACGUCCUCAAGUCUGGCUUGGCUCGAAUCACGGAAAAUACAAACCAGUACAAUGGUGUCGUCGUGUACUCCAUGAGUGACAUUCCUUUGGGUUUCGGCGUGGCUGCCAAGUCAACACAAGACUGCCGGCGCGCCGACCCCAUGACCAUCGUCGUCUUCCAUCAAGCAGACGUCGGGGAAUACAUUAGGACCGAGGACACGCUGACAUGAUUAUGAUAAAUAAAGCUCCUGGUUUUA